AAGAUCACAACCUCAGCCAAAAUCAAGAAUCCGUGACUCAACUGACUGAGCCACCCUGGCACCCCCAAAUGGAUACAUUUUAAAUCACUUAGGGGCUCAGGCCCUGGCCUGCCUAAAAUUUCUACGUUACAUUUGCCAUUUCCACAGUACUGUCUUUGAGAGUGUUCCCCCCAAAUGUUUUCUACAUGUAAGAAUCCUGGGACUAAUUUCUGUAAAGUACAAAGAUAUGGUCAAGCAUUAUAUCUCAUCUUUGUUACAGUUCUUUUACAUCUUUUACUUUAAAAAAUAGUCAAAUUUUUCAGAGUCCAAGUUCAUGUAUACGUGAACACUGUAUUUAACCUUCACUGUUUCAAGUCGAGGAGAAGAAAUAUAACAGCUCAUACUUUCCAAACCAGCUCAUUUCUGGUUUUUAGGAGAUAUUCCACCGAAGAGGAAACUUAGAAAGUUCAAAGAGUAAAUUGAGAGAGCAGAGAAGAUUGGCAAGUGUUGGAAAUUCCCCCACUUACUCAUGGUUACCUGUAGUAUUGAUGCUUUACAGUAAACAAUUAGAAAACACAUGCACACCUGUGAGUUAAAAAUAAAUUUUACCAAUUUGUAUAAUUUAUACUAAUUUGAGGCAAAACAUUAAAAACUGAAGUUUUGAUUCCCAAGAUUAAAAGCCAUUCAGAAACCUAAUUCACCCAUUGAAAGAAAAAAUAAUUUUCAGAAAAAAAUGAUGAACACUUUGUCUCCGGAAAUUGUCUUAGGUCGGAAGUUUGCGGUCCCUGUGAACAUGUGCUACUAAAAGCAUCCUGCUGAGCUGCUGUCUGAUAAGGACUGUAUAUCCUGUCUUCUCCGCAUCACUUUGCAUCUAGCUCAUAUUACUUCAUUUCCUUCCUGGGACCUUGCCCCGGAUUCUUCAUAUAAGGUCAAGAGCUGCACUGACUUCUGGUGUCCUGAGGUGCUUCUUCCAAAUUUGUCCAGACACUAAUUUCUCUAAGCCUCAGUUUUCUCAAAUGAACUACGAAAUGUUAAUGAUGAUCUCUGCCCUGUGGUUAUCCUUCAAUUUUUUGAUAUAUUAUGUAUGAAAGGAGACAUACAACAUCUCUGAAAUAAUUGAAAGCUAUAUAUAGUUACGAGUAUUUUACAAGGAGAUUGAAAAAAGUUUAGUUGCACUAGUUUUGUUUCUUUAGUUUUCUUCAUGUGUUUCUUUGCUUUAGAGAAUUGAGUUCAUCAGGGCUGACCACACAGGAAGCUUGCUUCCAUAUUUAGAUGAAUAAGGGGCAACUGAAAAUCUUGACCCCAAAAUCUCUCCCACACCGCAUCCUGACUCUCUACACUUUGCUUUGUCCUAUUUACCGUAAUUCCACAUGUAGAGACACCUUUCUUUGAUUUAACAAAUACUGAUUAGUAAUAUGAACACAUAAUUUAUUGUAUAUAGUUAGACACUCUGGCAAGUGAAAUGGCAUGUUUUUCAUAAUGACAUCAGGACAAGUGUCAACCAGAACUGUGCUGGGAAACCCUAUUCAUUGUUCUUCCACUGCUUUAUGUGACUCUCAGUUGAUUGUUUUCUCAAAUCCAUGGGAGAUUUCUUACACUUAAAAAAAAAAAAAAACGACUGGGGAAGCAGGGGAUGAUUCAUGGAAAAAUAUUAAAUUUGCAGUGAAUUUCAGGUUAUUGUAAAGGACUUGAAUAGCAGGAGGUCCGGUGGAUACCUAGAAGGCUUGCUGAUGACAUGUUCUCAGGAAUUGGGCUGGUUUUUAUGUUUGUGGAGGCUGCCUAUUCCCACCUAUACAAGUGUUGAUUUCAACAGAAUACUGCGGCUGCUCCCGUAAAAACAGAGGAAAAUGAUUUCAGAAAAAGAUAAUGCUGCCAGCCCUCAUUUUGCAGCACAGCAUGAAGGGUCCCUUCAAGUUCCUAUCCCAUGUGCUGUUGUGAAUGUGGUCCUCAUCACUGUUUUAAUCAUAGCUCUCAUCGCCAUAUCAGUGGGCCAAUACAAUUGUCCAGGCCAAUAUAUAUCCCCAUUGCCAUCAAAUAGCCAUGUUUCUUCAUGCUCAGAUGAUUGGAUUGGAUACCAGAGGAAAUGCUACUUUAUUUCCACUGAAAAGAAGGGCUGGACGCUGGCCCAAAACUUUUGCUAUGAACAAGGUGCUACUCUUGCGUUCAUUGAUUCUGAAAAGGACAUGAGCUUUUUAAAACAAUAUGUGGGUACAACUAAUCAUUGGAUUGGACUGAAGACUGAAGAUGGUCAGACAUGGAAAUGGUCAAAUGGCAAAGAAUUUAACAACUGGUAAGUUUCAAGAUGUCUCUUUAUCUUUCCCAGAAUGGCAGCUCAGGGAAGCCAUUUGCCUUUCAAAGAACUGUUGUAUAUGACGGUUUUGCCCUUUAGGAACAGAGCUUUAUCAGUCUGUUUUGUAUGCUUAUACUCUUUUGAAUUCUUUAAAGAAGGGUUUUAAUAUUGCCAUUUUUUUCUUUUUAUCUACUUGGAAGUCAUACACUAAAUGCUUCUAGUAAUCUUAUCUCAGCAAAUUUUUGUGUGAAUUACAGGUUAGACAUAUUCCAGAAAUAAUUACAAUGAUGCAAAAAGAAAAAUACAACAUUGCCAAUCCCAAUA